GACAUAUCAAAUUGGCCAAUCAGAGAAGAAAACCAAGGGCCGUGAAAACAGCGCCGUUUUGAGAUUGAGCCAGUGUAGUUUCCUGCAGUUCUGUGAUUCGGUGCAUGCCUUGUGUACAAACGCCUUUUGUAAAAACUCAGACGCCAAACCCGCUACUUAAUGUCCUUAGCAAAGGUGAACCGCUUCAGCCGCAGUUCAGGAAGGCGGCCAACCCAGUCCAGGACGGUGAAGCAGGAGUGGGUGAGCACCAUCCAUGAUCUAAAUGUGCACAAGGCCACACCAGAGGAACUGAAACGGCGGCAUGACCUCCAUAAAUCUCAGAACAGAGUAGCAGCUCAGUGGGAGAUGAAGCGCGUCGUGGGACACAAAUUAAAGAAAACCUCAUCAGGCCUGCCUAGACCUGCCCAGUUGGACCCUGCCCAUCUUAACAUUAUCAGAGAGGUGUUCUCAGAUAAGUACCAGUUGCAGGAUGUCCUGGCCCGAUCUGAUGGAGUCUUAGCUGUGGUGAAUGACCUGUUUGGUGAUGCUCCACACAGACAAACAGGGCUCCCCAAUGUGACCGUGGCCCCUGAUUCUGGACCUGAACCAGACCUCCCAGUGCUGUUGAGACCAGAACCUUCAACCCCACUCUCCCUUCUGAGCCAGUCCAUCAUGGAUCCACAGGCUCUGAAUGAAUUUGAAGAUGUCAGUGGAAGAGAAUACAAUGAAGAGGAGCCUGAUCCUUCAUCCACACACAGCUCCCGUGUGGACAUGAGCAGGUUCGGGCGGUUGCUGCAGGAGGAGGCCCAGGGUCUGGGAGCGCAACAAGAGACACCCCAAUCUCCCUGCCCUCAGAUCUCAUCUCUUACAGAGAAACCGGCAGCUAGGAAGCGUGUGUCAUCCCAGAACAGCAAGCAAUGCUGUGGGGAACCUGUGGGACAUGACAGCCUGACUAAGAACCGAUCCAGCUUGCAUCUGCUGCAGAGCAUGCUUAGCGACGUGGAGGCAGAACUGGACUCUCUGGAGUUGCAGGAGCCCCUUGCCACUAAAGAGCACAGUUCUCCCAGUCUCACUGGCUUCUCUGUGUCACUGCUGCGCACUGUGACCCGCCUGGCACGCUGCCUCCACCAGAGCAGAGAGGACUUACAGAGGGAGGUGCAGGACAGGAAGAGUUUGGAGGAGGAAGUGAUGGAGCAGAGGCGUCUGAUUGAUGCCCUCACUGCUGAGACCCUAACCCUGCGGGAGGAGAGCCUUGCCCUACAGGGCCAGGUGCAGCAGUGUGUUUGGGAUACAGAACAGAGACAUAGAGUCCGGCCUUUCGCCGACAGCACUGCCCCAUACUGUGUGGAAUCGGAAGCUGAGCCCCACUAUGGUGAAAGGGAAGCACAGGAACAGCCCCUGCCCUCGCCAGCCCGUGCAGACAACCUGUCCCCUGCCCCUGCCGUGCUGCUGUCACCCCCCCGGCAAAGAAGCAGCCUGCAUCCCCAUUCUGUCCUCGCAGAACAAGGCAUGUCCCUGCAGCUGCAAGCAGUCCCCAGCCAAGAGCAUUGCUGCAGUGACCAGAAGCAGAUUCUGCCCCAAGCCAUCAUACUGCAGCAGAUCACCGAGCUAACGCAGCAGAACGCCCUGAUCCGAACACAGCUACAGCAGUUCUGCACACAGCCAGCAGGGCCCCAGGAUCCAGGCCCUCAUAGAGCAUCUGAUAAAGCGGCACAGUUGCAGGAGAAGGCACCCCCUGCUGGUCGCUGUAUGGAACAGCGUCUGUUGGAGCUGAACAGGCAGAGUACAGAAGCACGGUGCAGGCUGCUGGAGCUCAUUGAGGAGCAGACACAGACAUCUGUACGCGCAGUCUCACCCUCUGUCUCCCCAAUCCUACCCAGCAUGCGUACACUCCUUAGUGCCUCGGCAGAUGGUGAGAGAAGGACCACAGAUGUGUUGGUCUCUGUGCCCAAGCAGAACUUUUCCCCCGUUGCCAGCUGUUGUGGGUGCAGGUCCGCUUCUGAGAGUUCUGUGAAUGGUGCUAUUGGAGAGAACCAAUCCCUCGUUCUCCAGAGUCAGGUGGACAGGUUGAAGGAUGAAGGAUGGUUUGCCUUGUCCACACACUUGCAGUGACCUGCUCCCCACUCCUCCUCUCCCUAGAAGGUGCUGAUGCAACAAAAGGAUCUUGAUUUUUUUAACACUAAUAAAUGUUUUGUCUUGUACACAGGGGUUUAUCUGAAUUAAACUUUUUUUUUU